AUGCCUUCCGUUCUUCUAGCUACUUUCAAGCCCUUCAAUAAGAUCGCCGUCGACGGUAUUGAGAAGAUAUGCAAGGAUAACGGUCUAACCUUUGGCAAGAUCGAGGGUUACAAGACUCAGGAGGAGCUGUACUCUGCUGCCGAGUCUGCCGAGGCCUGCAUUGUCAGGAGCGAUAAGCUCGAUGAGGAGUUCUUUAACCGUGCCAAGAAUCUCAAGAUUGUUGUUCGCGCUGGUGCUGGUGUUGAUACCAUCGAUCUCGAUGCUGCUUCCAAGCAUCAUGUUGUUGUCGAGAACACGCCUGGUCAGAAUGCUAACGCCGUUGCCGAGAUGGUGUUUGCUCUUCUGAUCGCCAUGAAGAGGAACCACUUCGAUGCUACUUCUGGUAGGGAGAUCCGUGGCUCUACUCUCGGCCUCUACGGCUGUGGUAACGUGUCGAGGGCGAUGAUUGAGGUGUCUAAAGGUUUCGCUAUGAAGUGCUAUUCUUACGAUCCCUUCCUGUCUGAUGAGCAGAUCAAGGAGUGUGGUGCCGAGCCUCUCCACGACUUGAAGGAGCUCUUCAAGUGUGACAUCGUGUCCUUGCAUGUCCCUGCUACUCCUCAGACGAUCAACUCCAUCAACGAGGAUCUUAUGUCGUUGAUGCCUGAGAAUGGCGUUCUCGUCGAUGCCGCCAGAUCUGAGGUUAUUGAUGAAGACUCUGUCAUCUCGAUCUUCCAGAAGCGUCCUGAUCUCGGAUACAUCUCUGAUGUUGGUUUCACUAAGAUUGAUGAGUUGAGGGAGAAGAUCGGUGCUGCCCAGUUGAAGAAGCAGCUCAUUGUGACUCCAAAGAAGAUGGGUGCUCAGACUCUCGAGUCUAAUGUCAACGCAGGUCUCACUGCUAUCAAGCAGAUUUCUGCCUACUUCAAGGACGGCUCUACCAUUCAUCAGGUCAAUGGCAAGGCUUUCUAA